AUGCAGAACGUUUUGACUUAUCAUAGCUGGAAACAAAUCAAUAACGAUGACGAUUUUCAAUCGGAAGAUGUAAACGCUAUUAAUAGUAGCAGUAAUAUCCAGAAAAUAAUUAACAUUACCGAAUAUGUGAUCACUUACAUAGUUAAUGGGCAAACAGAUAAUACCAUAAUAGUAUCGUCGGGUAUAGAAAUGAACAGUAAUAUCACCAAUCUAACUGAAGAAAAUAUCCUCAGCAUCGAACCGAUUUCUUACAAUUGGUUUUUUCUUCUACUUUCAUUCUUUGUAUUGGCAGGAGGUUUAGGAAAUGUCUUGGUAUGUCUGGCUAUCAGCACUGAAAGGCGACUACAGAAUGUUACUAAUUAUUUUUUAAUGUCAUUAGCUAUCGCCGAUCUCUUAGUAUCUGUAGUUGUCAUGCCUUUUGGGAUUCUAGAUGCUAUAUUUGGCAUGAUGAAAACAACAAAACUNAUCAAAGAUUGA